AUGUGUCUCAACCCAGAGGCCAUGAGAGGAGCAUUCCUGCACAAUCCAGUCACUUUCACCAUCGGAGAGGGAAACGAUGUCAGUCUUCCCUGUGGAAAUUUGAAAGAUAAUCUUGAGAAGUGUAAAUACACCAAUUGGUUUUUCUGCAACCCAAGAACCAACAAAACAGUGAUGCUGUUUGAACACGGACAGAUUUACAAAGCAGCCAAAACCAAAUCAGACAGACUGAGGAUUGCUACAAAUUGUUCUCUGCUGAUACGGAGAGUCACGGAUAAAGACGCUGGUCGUUACUUCUGCAGACAGUUUGUAGCAGGACGGCAACAAAAACCUGAUGCUGAGGUGAUCCUAUCUGUUCAUGAUGCCACCAUCAGAUCACUUCUGUCCUUCUUCAUUGUCCAAACUGGAGACGACGUUACUUUGCCCCCUGGAAACGGGUUCCACCAGAAAAACUGUGAAGGUUCCACCUGGAUCUUCGCUGGUCCUGAACUCAAGGAAUCAGUGAUGCUGGUGGAAAGUGGGCGGUUAAUGGACAUUGCAGAAACUAAACUGAACAGGCUGUUUAUGGCUGCCGACUGUUCCCUGGUUAUUAAGAACGUCUCUGCUCAGGAUGUCGGUUCUUACACCAGCAGAACUUAUUUCCUCAAUCAACUCCAAGGACCAGGCUUUGGCAUUUAUGUUUUUGUCAUAAACUUAAGUGAACAGAAGCAAGAUGGCAGAGUCACUCUGUUCUGCUCCCUGUUGGUAUUUGGACACUGUAUUCACUCAGUAAGGUGGAUGUUUGAGGGCGAAGAGGAAAUGACAUCACAGGUGGAGAUAUCAACAAGUUCCUGCUCCUCCAAUGUGACUUUUACUGCAACCGACCCUGAACAGAAGUCAGAAGUUUACAAGUCACUGAAAUGUGAAGUGAUGAAUUCGUACACAGAUGAAGUUCUGCUGUUUGUGUUCAGGCCUCAGUUCUCUGGUGAAAAAUCAGACUUUCCAUAUUUGAUGAGAUGGAUCAUUGUAUCUGUCAGUUUGGCAGUUCUCAUCAUUUCUGUUGUCAGAGUGGAAAUCUGGACAAAAACUAAAGGAAACAAGACAAAGAUUCCUGGGAUUGUGGAGAGUGACGGUGAUGAAGAUGAAGAAAUGGUGAUCUAUGAGGAAAUUGGAGAUUUUUGUUCUGAACCAAUGAACAACCUCAACAUUCACUCCCUGGAAAAUGAUUAUACUCUGAAAAAAAAUAGACUGAUACUGAUGAUUACAGUUACAGCAGCUGCAGGACAACAAGUGUCUGAGUUUGUGGUCAGAGUUGGUGAUGAAGUGACUUUGCCUUGUAAAGACGUGACGGAUGUGACUGAACAGAAGACCAAUAUAUCAUUCAUCUUAAGCUGCUCUGUGACGGAUCAUCUGAACUAUAGACACACAGUGGAGUGGCUGCAUGAGGGGGAAGGAGAAACAUCCUCAGAUUCAGACUUAUCACUGCCCUGGUGUCGUUCUACUGCGGUACUGACAACUUCUCUUCAUCGAAACUCAACAUUUUUUAGCUCUACAAAAUGUAAAGUCACAAAUAUCUUAACUAAAGAAGUUCAGCUGUUCACCUUCAGCCACCAGCCAACAGAUCAUAAUGCAGAUCAUAAUGCAGGUUUUCCAGAUGUUUCGUACGUUCUGAGAUGUAUUGCUGUGUCUGUGGGUUUGGCAGCGCUCCUUACAUCUGUUAUUGCAGUCAACAUGAAGAUGAAAAACAAAACGCAGAGGCUCAUGGAUGAUAAUGAAGAAACAGUCAUGGAGGAAAACAGAGAGAAUCUUCCUGCUGCUGACAGAAACUAACUGGUAGAUUUAGAUUUUAAAUAAAGGAAAACAGUUUCAUAAAGUAACUGUGGAGGCCCAUGAAGUGGGAUAAGAAUGUUUAGAAAUGAAUGGAUCAGUUGUUUUUGUUGUGAAGUGACCCCAGCCAGUAGAGGGCGCUGUUGGACUUACAGCGCUCCGACAGUGCAGUAAGAUAUAACUUACCUCUAUGUAAGCUAUACUUCAAAACAAAUUCAGCUGUUUCAUAUUUUGAUGGACAUUUGUUUUUAGUUUUAUGAGGUGUGUAACAGUCAAAGAUUCAUUUUUUGAUGCAGUUUUCCCAAAAUGCUGGUCUUUAUUUUGACGCAUAGAAAAGAAAACGAUCAGCUGCUUUGUUUGCUUUGUAAAUUGUUGCCUUUCACAGUUCAGUGAGCUGGAGAUUUGUCCAAAUAUUUUCUGUGAUAAACCAAAAAAUAUGUAAUUGCAAAAGAAAAACU